AUGGAACCAGAUCCUCCCUGCAGUGCGUAAGAGCGCGAUUUAGGAUUUAACCAAGUCUUUGCUGCGGGGCUGGCUGCAGUCUUCACCAGAGCCCGACGGCCUGAGAGCCUUUUCACAAUGGCAGUGUAGUUUCCACACCACUUUGGACUCACACUGCUUCGUUUUUUUCCAAUUAAAUCCAACAAUUCCACGCGUUUCUUUUUUUCGAAGUUAUGACUGGAGUAUUCGACCGAAGGAUCCCGAGUGUAAAACCCGCAGACUUCCAGAGCUCCUUUCAACUCUCCACCAUGCAUCAUCCGUCUCAGGAAUCUCCUACUUUACCCGAGUCCACGGCCACGGAUUCUGGCUACUACAGUCCUGCCGGCGCCGGAGCCACCCACGGCUACUGCUCACCCAGCUCGACCUCGUACGGGAAGCCUCUGAACGCCUAUCAGUACCAGUACCCGGGUGUAAAUGGAUCCGCUGGAAAUUACUCGACAAAAUCGUACACUGAUUACAGCUCGUACACGACCCCCGCCUACCACCAGUAUGCUGGGACUUACAGCAGAGUGCAAGCCCAGUCCAGUCCACAAGAAAAAGAAAUAAGCGAGCCUGAGGUGAGGAUGGUAAAUGGCAAGCCGAAGAAAGUGAGGAAACCCCGGACUAUCUACUCCAGCUUCCAGCUCGCCGCCCUGCAGAGGCGGUUUCAGAACACACAGUACCUGGCGCUGCCGGAGAGAGCCGAGCUGGCUGCAUCUCUGGGACUCACGCAAACACAGGUCAAAAUCUGGUUUCAAAACCGAAGAUCAAAAAUGAAGAAGAUCAUGAAAAACGGGGAGCUUCCACCGGAGCACAGCCCGAGCUCCAGCGACCCCAUGGCUUGCAACUCUCCACAGUCCCCGGCCGUUUGGGACACACAGGGCCCCUCCAGGCCGCACAGCCUACAGCCACAAAACAUCAACACGACGGCAUCUAACUUUUUGGAAAACUCGGCGUCAUGGUACACCUCAUCUGGCAGCUCCAUGACUUCCCAUCUCCAGACCCCUAACUCGAUACAGCACUCGUUGGCUCUUGGAGCGGGGACGUUAUAUUGAAAACAAAACAAAACAAACAAACAAACAAACAAAAAACCCUGUUGUUCAUUUCAGAUAUUUUUUCCUUCUAUGGGACUCGUGUUCAAAUUUCAGAGGAAUAUGCAAUGUAUUUGAUGACAGUCAUAGAAGAGAAAACGUGUAAAAUGUGUAAAUGUGUGCAUGUAAUUUAUUGCAUUUUGGAAGACUAUUAAACGUUUACAUUGACAAUG